AUGGCAAUCCGCGAGGAUCUUGUCGCCUCCGCGGCCGAGUUGGCAAACGAUCAACCUGAUCUCGCGAAACUAACACAUGCCGCAGUUCUCCAGGACCCCAGCGUCGCGUCAUCAUCGGUCGAGAAUCGCAUCUCCUUUCUCCGAUCUAAGAACCUGACCCAGGAGGAGAUCGACGCCGCCAUGUCGCGGACAGCCGACCAGCGUUACGUUAUGCCCCUCGUGGCCCCCCCGACCCCCGAGAAGCUAGAGCAGGACAAGAAGUCGAUCGAGGAGCAGUUUGACCGCGCAUUUGCGCUGGUGGAGCAACUUUCCAAAGACACCGAGGAACUCAAGAAGGCCGAGCAGCAGCGCACCGAGCGUCUGGACGGUGCUAUAUCCGAGCUGGAGACGGUCAUGGCAGACCUCAAGACGGCCAACCGCCGCCGCGAGGACGACGCCCAGCGCGUGCGCGACGAGAUUCAGGCCCUCAAGGACUCGAUUCCCAGGGCCAUGAACAACCAGAAGGAGCUGACCGACAGCCGCCUGCGCGAGAUCAACGGUGAACUCGGCAGCCUCAAGACCCUCGUCUCGCAACGCAUGUCCACCCCCACUUCUGCCAACCCUCUCCGCCCCGCCAGCGGACACUCGACUACGUCGUCGCAGGCCGCCACCAACGGCAACAACAACAACAACAGCAGCAGCAGCACCAGCAGCAGCACCAGUGCCGAGACGGCCGCCGCGACCCCCACUGCUACAACUCCAACGGUCGAGACGGCUCCCAAGCCUGUCGGGCGCACCUUUGGAAGCACAACGAAUGGUGGCAGCACGCCCGUAAAGGCGUCUAUCCCGGCGUGGCAGAUGGCCUUCUCUAACAAGAAUGACGGCGCCGCCACUGGUCCGUCGACUACGGCUACGGUCGAGGACGAGACCCCCGCUACGGCUUCGUAG